AUGACCACCACUGACGAGUAUGUCUUCCUGUUCGAGUCACAGAUCAUUGCUGCCCGUGGGAAACCUGUUUUUCUAAGAGAGAUUUCCUCCUUCUACGAGAAUGUUCUUCAGCUCCUGCUACCGGACUGCAUCGUCGACGAGGCAAUCUUGCCCAAAGACGUGAUUCUCAAGAUGGAGUAUCUGAAAGACAGGGACCUCUUCGAUCCGCCAAAGACGGCCCUCUUCGACAACGAGGCCCUCAUCUACGACCGGCUUCAACCGCUGCAAGGGAGCGUCAUACCGGGAUACUUGGGCUUAACGAGCAUCGCGGGCAGGAGAGCGCACCUCUUGUCAGAUAUCGGCGGCAUGUUGAUGGCCAAGGAGGAACUCCUGCCAAUUGAAUCCAGCGAGAAAAAAAAAACUUUGAGGAAAUGA